AUGGCCUCACCGGCGUUGCAGAGAAGCGGGGCGGCGAGGCUCGGGGGCGACCGUUGUGGAGGAGGAUGGGGACGAGGCGUCGUCGCCGUGUCGGGGAGGCGGACGCAGUCCGGCGGGGAGGAGGACGGGGACGCGGCGACGGCGGGGCAGCGUCAGGCGAGGUCAGCUCCGGGCGGCGGCGAUCCGGUGAUGGGGCCACGGGUGGUGGCUCGGGCCGGGGUUGUCGAGGCCGACGCGGGGAGGCGAGGUGGCGGAGGAGGUGGUCGAGGUCCGGCGAAGGGCAGCACCAGCGUCGGGGCGCGGGGAAGGGGGGUCGACGCGGGCGUCGAGGCGAUGGGGGUGUCCGGCGACGGGGGCGAGGCGGCGGCGUCGCGUCUGGCCCAUGAUAGCUUCCAGCGAUCCUCGUCAGGAGGUUCGCUGGACUCCAAGGAGAUGGCCAGCAUGUCACCGCUGACCGCUCACUCUCCUAGGGCCAUGGACGACGCCGAGGCGUCGCUGCUGUCCGCGACCUCGCAUGCUGCCGAAGUCUCCGAACUUAAGCGAAGAUUGGAGAAGGCCGAGGAGGAGCUCGGCAAGGUAAAGAGGCAGCUCCAGGAGAAUCAAGGAUUGUCAGAUCAACUGGAGGAGCAACUGAAAGCCGCUCAAGCGGGAGAAAAAGAAUCCAAAAGACUACUCGCCGCGGGCAAACGUGUGCUGACCCGAGUCAGGGAGGAGAAAAACAAGCUCCAGGAUUCCAACAUCCAACUGGGCGAAGAACUGAAAGAUGUAGGAGAAGCCUCCAAGUAUUCCCAGCAGGAUUGUAAGUUAGACCACCUGCUAGACGGUAUAGAGCAGGAAAUUUUUGAGUCCAAGUGA